AUGGGAACAAAAACAACGUACUUGGUACCAGUUUACCGGAAAAUAACGGACUCGCCCUCUAAAGCCGGUCCCAACGAAGGAUCGUCGGAGAAACGCACCAAAUUACAUUCCGUUCCUUGGUUGGAGCAAAUCUUAUCUCUUUCUUCUCUUCCCAGUCGGCCGAAAAGUGUGGACGAUGUCGUCGAGCAGGCCGAGGUGGUGGCAGCGCUCCGAGAAAGUUUGUCAACAGCCGAUCUUCCGAAUCUUUUGCUUUAUGGACCACCGGGAACCGGUAAGACCAGUACUAUUCUCGCGGCUGCCCGACAGCUUUUCGGAGACAUGUUUAAGGAGCGAAUUCUCGAGUUGAAUGCCUCGGGCGAUCGUGGCAUUGCGGUCAUCCGGAACAAGGUUAAAACGUUCGCUCAACUGACGGCCAGUGGCACAAGGGCGGACGGCAAGCCGUGUCCACCGUUUAAGAUUGUCAUUUUGGACGAGGCGGACGCUAUGACCCACGCCGCACAGGCUGCGCUGCGUAGGACAAUGGAGAAGGAAACGAAAACAACGCGAAAACAAAACGGCCAAUUAUGGAAAGCUGGAGGACUACGUGCGGAAUCUCACUUACGAUGCUUACAUUGUUGGGCAGUUGACUGAUUACGUUGUCAUGCAUGAUGGGCUGAGCGACAAGCAUUUGCGACAAACUUGGGGUUAGUUCAAUGCAUGGCCGAGUAGUCAAGCGCGUAAAUAUCGUUUAUUUUUUUUUUUUUUCAGGAAUGCUGCUCCCGUUUGCAAGGUGGUGGAUCCGAGUACAUACAGAUCAUGGAUUUGCGAUGCGUUACCAUUCAAGCUUUGCAAGCCAGCUGAAGCUAAUGGAAUACUCAACUGAUGUUUCUUUACAUUUACACAUAAUACAACGUUUAAUAAUUAAUCCAAAUGUUUGAACUUAGCUACGA